AUAAUAAUAAAUAAAAGAAAAAGAAAAAGAAAAGUUGUUUUUUCUCGCAGCGUAAACAGAAAUAUUUGUAGUUAGACCCAGACUUGGGUCAGCCUUUGUCUCUCCCUCGGUUCCUUCCUUUCUCAAUUCUUCCCUUCGAUUUGGUGGGUCUUCUUCGUCACAGAAGAAUUGAUCCACAGCGAACAAAGGCUUGGUUUUUAUUCUUUGUUUCAUUCGAAAACAGGUCAAAGAGGAGUGCGAUUUAACAAAAUCUGAGCUGCCGAGGACUCUAUUCCACGUAAUUGUUCUGACUUAUAUAAGUUUGAGUUCAAGAAAUGUUUGUGACAUUAAUUUGGAAUCUCCAUUCGUUCUAGUGCCCCGAUCUUCAACCCGAAUCCAAGAAACUGAACCAUCUGUUCCACAGCAGGAACACACUAUGCAAAUAGCUUGUCAACCCCAUCCACUUGUUGACUUCUCAAUAAGAAGCAGCUCUAAGAGACAAGAUGGAUGGAAGAAUGUACAAAAUUUGCAUUCAAGAAACUUAGUUAAGCUUGUAUUUUUGGAACGUCAGAUGCAUAAAUUCGCUAUGUCUCUGUGCAAAAACAGAUUGCAUGCAAUCCCAAAUGCUGAAGAUGGGGACCCUUCUGCCUCUAUGUCAGAGGACAUCAAUUCGAACCCAGUGCUUGAUUCUAUAGCAGGAGAGCUGUGGAGUAAAUGGUCACCUCCAAGAUACCUAUGGAGGGGGCUAUCUGUUCUUUUUCUAACUGGGCAGGUGAUUAUGAGGACUUUAAAGGGUAAAGUCCAUUGGAAAAAUACUCUCCAACAGCUAGAGAGAGUAGGGCCUAGAUCCGUAGGGGUUUGCCUUCUAACAUCUGCAUUUGUUGGCAUGGCAUUUACUAUCCAGUUUGUUAGAGAAUUUACUAGAUUAGGAUUAAACAGGUCUGUUGGUGGUGUAUUAGCUCUGGCAUUCUCAAGGGAGCUAAGUCCUGUCAUUACAUCGAUUGUGGUGGCCGGGAGAAUUGGAAGUUCAUAUGCUGCAGAAUUAGGAACAAUGCAGGUGUCUGAACAAACAGACACGUUAAGAGUCUUGGGUUCGAACCCUGUUGAUUAUCUUGUCACUCCAAGAGUUAUAGCCUCCUGCAUUGCUCUUCCAAUUCUGACUUUAAUGUGUUUCACAGUUGGGAUGGCAUCAAGUGCCCUUUUGGCUGACAGUGUUUAUGGUGUUAGCAUCAACAUUAUCCUUGACUCAGCUCUGCGAGCUCUAAAAUCUUGGGAUAUUAUCAGUGCGAUGAUCAAAUCGCAGGUUUUCGGUGCUAUUAUAUCAGUUGUAAGCUGUGCAUGGGGUAUUACUACUUCAGGGGGCGCUAAGGGGGUCGGGGAGUCCACAACAUCAGCCGUUGUCAUCUCUCUUGUUGGCAUAUUUAUUGCUGAUUUCACCCUUUCUUGUUUCUUCUUCCAGGGAGCUGGAGAUUCCCUAAAGAACUGUAUGUAAAUUCAUUGAGUCGAGACACAUACUUUUAAAAUUUUCAGUUGAGAAAAAGAGCGUAUCAGAAUCUGCUGUUUACAACAAACAUGACUCCAAGAAGUUUUAACUAAUGGGAAGCCAUUAGAGGCAUAUGUGGGUUUUAGUUUCAUUACUUUUAGGUUGAAGCAAGAACAUUCUGGCUUGUCUUUUCUCAUUGACUAGCGAAGAAGGUGCCUUUUUUACGUAGGAUUUGAACGGUUCUCAUUUUUUUCCAUUUGUGAUUAGUAAAAUCUCAGCAUAUGUUUUGUUA